UUUCAAGGAAUCUGGGGGCCCCCUUUCCCUUGUUCAAUUCUGCUUGAAACGCUGUCGGGAGUUUUCCAUAUUGUUUGAACUAUGUUUCUUCUCCUAUUACGGCUCUCAUUGACGGCGCAUUGAUUGUUUCGCCGAGUCACCAUGUUCCCGAAGUACACGGGUUCUGGUAGGAGGAUAUUGCGACAUGGCCAGCACAAGCUUGACAGCUUUAUCGCUGACCCCGGAUCCAAGCUUCAACUGGUUCUUCCUCCUUGAGCUCAUUGUCUCCUGCAUCCUCGUACUGUUCUUUUUACUCUACUUCAAUCGCCUCUUUGCGACCCUCUUGUCAUACGGAAUCCGCGCUUAUACUUGGCAUUACUAUCGUGCCUAUGUCGACAUCCGUGCGCUUCAGAUCUCCCUGUUGGGAGGGAGGAUUUUCUUCAAAGGCAUCCGAUACCAUGGGGUGAACGAGACUAUUUUUGUGCAUGGAGGUUUUAUAACAUGGCAUUAUUGGAGACACUCGGUGAGGCAGACGGACCUUGCGAAUGGUAGACCCGACAAUCAACGAUCCCAGGAUGAUACUUCACACAAUGGAACCACCAGUGCCAGCGCGAGCAGCAGUAGCGAUCGAGGCGAACAAGGAGGGCUAAAAAGUACGAACUCGCUUCCUUGUCGCAUUACCGCCAAACUUUACGGUCUGGAGUGGUUUGUAUAUAAUCGAACUCCAGCCUAUGAAGGGAUCCUUGCUGGCUUCAGCCCCCCGCCGCCCGCGCCAUCGUUCACCAGACCGCAGUAUCCUGGAAGCAAUACCUUGGAUUCCCGACUGAAAGAUGAUACGAUGGAUGGUUCUGCGGGGCAUACUCCUGACCAGGCGUCUGAUCUCCACGGCAGUCGUCGCAAUAGCGAGAUGAAGGAGACGGUCGCGUCUGCGGCUUCGGAAGGCAAUGGGCAAGAGGUAGGGGAGAGCCUAUCUAGGUUGCUCCGGCUCCUGCCCAUUAGAAUCGAGUGUGACAAAGGUGCUAUCGUCAUGGGCAACGAAAACACAAGAUCUGUACUAACUGCCAUCUUCGAUGGCGCCACGGGUUUGAUCGAAGCCUGCGAUUCUGGUCCCCUCGACCUUUACCGGCAAGUGUUCUCUUUUGACUUUACCCACCCGGUCAUACAGAUGCGGCCCAACCCAGACUUCAAGCAGAAUCAGAUCGCUGCUGCGAAAAGCCUCGGUUCAACCCGGUUGGAGCAAAUGGAAACGAAACGCAAACGCGACACGAUUUUCAACUACCAACUGCAAAAGCGCCGGGUCUGGCACAGUAUCCGUGAUCUUAUUCCGUACUUUCAGUCUUCUGUUGAAUCAUUCCACAUACAUGAGAAGAAUCCAGAGGCGGCUCCUCGAAGCUCGGCCGACAUCCCCGAUGACACACGCUGGGUUGGUCUUUCUCGAUAUUUGGAUGAAAGCUCCCAGGAUGACCACGAAGAGUGGAACCCUGUCGAAUAUGCCAGGUUUUCCACACUGAUUGAUAGUCCUAGCAUGACUGUGGCAUACUACUGGGAUAUCCCUGGUUGUGUCAAGCCGUCCCCCGGUGUACCGGCACCGACACCGGCAUCGGAUAUCAAUGGCGCACCACCUCCGGAAUGGGGAAUCGAUGUGAAGAUCGGCGGCGGCACUAUCAACUAUGGUCCUUGGGCUGAUAGAGAGCGAGUAGGCUUGCAAAAUAUAUUCUUCCCAAAUGCCUACAAAAGCUCGCAGCCGGUUGACCCGCUGACCCCCGGUGAGCUGAGAAAGAACUCUGUAUUUCGCCUACGGAUCGAAAUCAACGAAGAGUUGACAUUGCGUAUCCCAACCCGGGAGCCAUCAAAGGAUUGGCAGUGGAAAGGCCGUGCUGACGCAAUACGAGGUGUUUCCAAACUCCGAAAGCAAUCAAGCCGAAGGCAGUCGCGCGCAGGAGACGGGGAUAAAGGCCAUAUUGGCCCUGACAUACGCCCUUUCGGAUGGCUUUCACUCCGUGUCGCGGGCGAUUCCACCAUAAAUUAUGCCAUGGAUAUGGUAGCAUCGGCCUCAGGGUUCCAUAGCCAGCUUGACCUCGAUCUUCGAGAAACUAAGAUGUUGUCCAGUGUCAACCAUGCGCUGUUGUGGCAAUGUCCUAGACAACUUGUUAGCUGCGAUCUCUCCGUACCACUGUCUUGGAACAGCCUCCGGACCUGGUUGUUCGACGUUAAAAGCACCGAUAUGGAACUAUUUCUACUGCGCGAUCAUAUUUUUCUUGUGACGGAUCUCGUCUCUGACUGGGCGUCGGGCCCCCCACAGGACUAUCACACGUUUGUACCGUUCAUAUACAAGCUCAAACUGUCUUUUGGCAAUUUCCGCUUGUUCCUGAACGUCAAUGAUAUGAACAUUGUCAGCAACCCUUCGGACCUGAAUGACAAUCGCUCAUUGGCUAUCAAAGGCACGACACUCACUUCCGACAUCAGCAUCCCUUUGAGCAAAUAUCAGCCUGAGCAGAACACCGUUGGGUUCAGCGUCAAUUUGGAGGAUGGAGGCAUAGACUAUCUGACUCCAGUAUGGGAUACGCUACAUUCUUUUCUGCAAGAUAGAUCGACUGCCACGUUGAAAAGCCUCUUCAUCGAAGGUUCAUAUAACUACUAUCUGUUAACAUCCCCGGAGCUGACAGACACGUUGUUGUUAAACAUUGACGGGUUUUCUCCCAGGCUCUAUCUUUUUGGAUUCUUGAUACGGUCAUUCAUGACGAUCAGAGAGAACUAUUUUGGAGAAGAAAUGCAUUUCAAAACUCUGGAGGAGUAUCAGGAGCACGCAUACCAGCAGGAGGAGUCUGGAUCGCAUGGCGGAGUCAACCCAAACAAGAAGUCAAACGACCUCGAUGUGAUCGUGCACGUAACUGUUAACAGUCCUUGCGCACUCUUCCCAGGAAAUAUUUAUGGUUACUCCGACUGUCUAAGGCUUACCGCGCCUUUGCUGGAGGCUGACCUUCGAUUCACGAACUACUACAUGGACUUGCAGUUCUCCCUAGCCCCUCUCAAGGUGGGCUUCGAAUCCAGCGAGGUAGAGGAGAAAGUCCUUCCCGCGGAGACCCAACUUUUCAUCGAUGGUGUUUCUAUAUACGGCCACCGUCUCUUCGGACUGCCCCCUGCUGAACCUACCUAUGUCUGCAAUUGGGACUUUGGAGUUGGUCGCAUUAUUGGAGAGUGCUCGCCCGAAUUCUUGAGCUGUCUUGUAGCAGCAUUGCAAAGCUUCGACUUGACGUUUGACAAUGAGGAAAAUGCGCUGCCACCAUUAUCUCCGAUCCAGCUUCAUGAUGUCACCUUCUUACGGGCCAAGGUGGAUUCUAUCCAUCUUUCUGUCCUCCUAGACAAAGCCGCGCUGAUGGUCAUGUCUGGGCCAAUAACGACAGAGUUCAAUGAUCUGGCGAAUGCAAAGUUUUCCAAGCGGAUGAAGCUCCUCAUACCGGACCUUUCCAUUGCCGCAAUUGACUACCAGUUCUUGGGUCGAUUUGGAAGUUUGCUGCAUACGGAAAUCACGCCUCUCGCGCUUAUCCAGUCUAAUUUGAAAAUUAUGAUGGUUCAAAGAAGAAGUGACAUUAAUGAAAGCCGGAAACUACAACAGGAGCAUAUCAAGGUGCAUGAUAAAAGGACACAGCGGACGCCGUGGCUACUCAAGGAUUGGGAGGACAUGGAUCCCGACUCGCUGCAGCACAAUGAUGACUCUGUACCACCGACUAUUCCUAUACCUACAAUGCCCGAGCCCAUUUCGAAACACUCCGGCUUAGGGUCCUUGCAACUGCCGAGGCGACGCUUUUCUGCAGCCAGAAGCAAUCUGAGUUCGAGAAGCUUUCUUGUCCUGCAAGAUAGGUUGAGCGUGAAGAGCGUGCCUAAACGAGAAACACGUACAGCCACUCGACCAACAAAUAUGCCAUCUAGAAUGGGGAGGAAUCAAAAGCUGCAUCGGGCAGCGACAGUCGGUUCAACUCCUACAGCAUCUAAGUACCCGGAUACGUUCAAGGAUGGAUCGGUAAGCAUAUCUGGUGUGUCAAAUGCGUGGGUCAUGCCGGACUUCUCUCUCCAUAAGACCGUCCUUGAUACAUCACAACUCCCUUCGGAAAAGGACUUGCGCAAAGAUGGUACUUCACCGAGGGGUAACCCUCCCGUUGUGGAUAUCGACCCGUUUUUCUCUUUCUCCGACAGUGAUGUAACGACUUAUACUAACCUUGCCAUUGAACUGCCCGUUGGGAUUAGGGGCUCCUGCUCCCCUGAGUUCCUUCACAUUGUGUCUGCCUUCAUUGAGCGAUUUCAGCCAAAAUCUCCUGUUGCAAUUAUUGAUGCUCUCCAAAAAGAGGUCAUAUCAGACAUUGUAGGUUAUGAGAAGUCAAUGAGGCAGCCAAAGACGUGCACCAAUGUUGCCAUCAAAGCUCCUUCAAUACUCGUCAAUCUGGUCAACUCUGAAUUAGCUGCGAACGGUGACAUUCAUUCUCGUGACGAGUACAGGGUCGAAGUGUCUCAUUUGCAGACUGAAUUUAGGACAAAGGUGGAGAGGCAAAAGGGCGAUCUACUUUCGGGCAUAAAUAAAAGCUCCAUUGUGCAUGCGGCUGCAAGCAAUCUUUCGAUAUCUGUCCAAGGAACCAGUUCUGAGAUGUGUCAACAGAAAGCCGAAUUUAGUUGUAUCUUUGGCGAUAUGAACUUUUGGCUUGUGGCUAAUCCUAGCGUGAGAUCAAACUUUCAGGUCAGAUCAUUCGACACUGUGACUUCCACGAAAUCCGUGGAGCACCUCGCCUCCCUAGUCCGCCGAACAACUACAAUGUCGGAUUCCCUUGCAUCCUCAUUCCAACAGAGCUCAUCAAUCGGAAACAGGCGGUUGCAGUAUCUCAUACACUUCCUUACCCAACGAGCUACGGACAUUCCAGAUCCAACAUUUCUUGUUCGCAUAUCGUACGUGCUUAGAGUUGCACGUUCCCAUCUGCGACAGCACGACUCCUGGAAAAUCAUCUCACGAUUGCGAAAUGUCUACUCCCAUAUGUCGCCGGAUCAGCGCCAGGUGUUGGCAUCCAAUUGCCUCCAUGAUGCUUUUGUGCUUCCUUCAAACGCUAGAACUGUUGUACUCUCUGAUUUCGAUCAAUGGCGAGCCUGGGAUUUAGCCCAUGUUGAAAAGAGCUAUGUGAUGCGAAGGAUAUGGAACACUUCUGAUUCCGAUUCCGAUUCCGAGAAAACAUUGACAAGCCUAAUGUUCACUUCUACGGUGAAACUAUUUCGCUUCUCUAUCGACCCCGGGCCGAAAGAGAGCGAUUUUAUCGUGGAAGAUUUGUCGACUGCCGUCUCAGUUCAGCCCAGUGAACUACCAUCGACAGACCAAGGGCGCCGACUCAAGGAGGCAGUAGUCAUACAGUCGUAUUGCUCUUCCGUUGGCCUCCACUUACGAUGGGAGAUCCUAGAUCUGGUGGAAGGAGUCCUGAAAACAAUGUCUACAGUCACACUGGAAUCUACGCCUCCGCCCCAGAGUCGUGGCAGUGGCCCAGAAAAGCUCACCGAAAUCCAGGUAGUUUUUGGAGCUGACCUGGGCUCGAUCAUUCUCGAUGGCAUCAAUAUAAAGCUAGCUUUGACCGGUAAAGCCCUUAGGAGCUCGCUUGUGCAGAAACCCCCCAGCGCAGAAAGUCCGGAAAUCAUGAGCUUGUUGCUGAGCUCCGAAGCUUGCUUCUCGGAACUCUCCAGCUCUUCCAAAGCUCUCAUGCUCUGGAAAGUCAGUAGUCCUCAUAUGUACUGUUCUCUUUCAACUGAAGAAAACGAGGCAGAGUUGAACCACGAAUGGAAGAUUGCUGGUUCUUGCAGGAAACUCCGCUAUGACAUGAGGGAAGAUGUGCUGGGCCUCGCACAUACUGCUGAUCGGUUGAUAGAGGACGAGAUUCAUUUCAUACAACAGCUUGUGAAUAGUGUGGAAUUGCCAUCACAUGAGCCGCAACUUGACAAAACUCCUUCGAAGAAGCGAGUGCGCAAUAAUUUCCACGUUGCCAUGUUCCUGGACGAUUACCGACUAAGCUUUUGUGUGCUUCCAUCACUGACAUAUGUCAUCGCUGGAGAAGUAGCACGAACUUCAAUCACACCGAAAUUUGGAUCGAAAAUUGAAGUAGACUUUGACUUGAAGAAGAACGCACAUACGCUUUUAUCAAGCGAAGGCGGCAAGUGGCGUUCCCUUUCAACAUUGGAGAUACCUCCUAUUAAUGGUCGAGUCAUUGCUGAUGUCUCCUCGACCCGCACUGAUGUGGAAGUGGAUGUCACUAUUGAAUUGAUAAGAGUAGAGGCCAGCGCUGUGCGAAGCCUUCUUGGUGCCCUAUCCAAGCCAGAAAUUUCGCAUUUGCUUGACGAUCUGAAGCAAAGUCUCGAAGUCCUGCGGCUACAUUUUAACGAGAACAUUGCCCAGAAAAGACCUCCACAGCAAAGCGUGUCUAAGAGUCACAGCAUUUUGUACAAAGCACGCAUGACGAUGGCGGGAACAACUAUUCAUGCCAGGGCACCAGGGCUGAACGGCAAGAGCUAUACCGCAGAUAUGGAUAUCAGCCUCGGUAUGGUGCGCCUUCACCUAGACAACGGCCUCAAGGCAGGACAUGCCUUGGAAUACCCGGAGUUCCAUAUCGAUACAUCGAACAUAAGCUUUGAUUUGAGGAAGGAAGACGCACAUCGCAGCCGCUCAUACUGUACUUUUGCAAUCGACGCCAAGCUUCAGGGUACCUCGACGACCAGAGAGAGUGGGGAAACUCGACGAUUGUUCCACUUAACCAGCAAAGGGUGCGAUAUCGAGCUUUUCCCAGAGACCGCCGCAUUGGUGGUGGAUAUGGCUGCCCACUUGCAGGAACGCAUAAAAACGUUGGACCUUUCUCAGGAGGUAAAGCGAUUCAAACGACUGCGACAUCGCGGCCACACGGAAGGCAAGGAACAGGAAAUUCCAAGCAUCAACGUUACGGAUAGCGCUUCCUCCGAAGGCCUGUUCGACUCGAUGUACUCCCUUGACUUCAACGAUAUUCAGAUUGGCUGGAACAUGGCAGGUGUACCACCAAUGGCAUCUGGACGUAGACCUGAUGAUCUGGUGUUCUCCAUCAAACGUGUGGAAUUGUCCAACAAGAAAGCAAAUGCCGCUAAGCUUCGAAUUGAGGACGUCCAGUUGCAGAUGGUGCCUGUUUCUGGUAAUAGACGGAAGCGCUCGCUUAAUUCUGCUCUAUUGCCAGAACUGGUUUUCAAUGUGGCAUACUCCUCAGCCGGAAAGGAGGUUCGACUAGCCUUCCAAGCUGCAGGGAAAUCUCUCGACAUACGCGCUACUUCUGAUUUUAUCUUGCCAGCGAGCGUGAUCCGGAACUCUCUUGCCUCUGCUGCACGAACUAUCCGAGAGGCCAAUGCCACUUUAGUGACAAAGCCAUCCGAUGAUAACACCAAACACCGCCCACUCUUUGGAAAUAAGCGCUUCCGCUCCGUUCUGGUUGACGUUGACUUUGCCGGGGCCGUUAUGUCCCUACGAGGGCGACACACAGAUGAUACACAGGCCAUGCUAGCGCCACCUUUGAAAGACGGCAGGCUUCCUGGGUCAACUUACGGGCACUACAUACAAGGAGAUGGAACAGCCACUGCAACGUUCAGAGCUCCAGGAGUAGCUCUGAAAGUCCAAUUCGAGGACAACGGGCGAGAUGACUCUGCUCUCAACGCGGAGUUGAAGGUCGACGCUUCUACAAAUGUCCUCUACCCGAGCCUCGUUCCCCUGAUCAAGCAGAUGACCUCUACUAUAAAGGAAGCCAUGGGCGACCAACCAAAGUCGAGGAGGCCGUCCAAUGCUAUGAUGCUGCAGUCGCAGAAGUUGAUGCAGGAGACCCCUCUUGAUGACAAAGGACCAGGUUCAAUUCUUGGUAGGUGCAAGGUUAAUGUAGGCAUCUUGGUUUGCAAACAGGAGUUCAGCUUAAGCUGCCAACCCAUCGCGAGAGUAGCAGCUACGACACGCUUUGACAGUGUAUAUGUGACAGUCAAUACCGUGCAGUCAGAUGAUCAAGAGCGAUUCCUAGCCCUCUUGGUGUCUUUCAACUCAUUGCAAGCAUCCGUGAAGCAUGUGUACUCAAACGAGUCAACCGCUAGCUUUGAGGUUGAGUCUAUGGUCAUGUCUCUUAUGAACAGCAAACACCUAGGGAGGUCGAAAGGGAUCUCGGUCGUUCUGAGAGUGAGUCCGAUGGAAGUUGCCCUCAAUGCGAAGCAGGUUCAAGAUCUUCUACUCUUCCGUGAAAUUUGGGUUCCUUCAAGUGACGAGGUAGACACUGUCCCUCCACCCGAGCCACAGCCCACGGAGACGCAGGCAUAUAUCGUGCAGCGAUAUCAACAGGUCGCAGCAACCCCCGCUUUCCCAUGGAACACCACAAUCUCCAUCGAGAAAUUGGAAAUCCAACUCGACCUAGGGUCUACGCUAGGGAAGGCGCAAUUCGCCAUCAAUGACUUGUGGCUGUCCUCGAAGAAGACCUCCGAUUGGGAGCAGACUCUCUGCAUCAACUUCAAUACACUAGGGAUCGAGAGCAAGGGCCGAAUGAGCGGUUUGGUUGAGCUUCAGAGUCUCAAGAUAGCCACUUCCAUUAAUUGGCCAAAUAGUCAGCAGGUCAACAAGACGCCUCUCAUUCAGGCAUCUAUAUCUUGGCUUCAGCUACAGAUCAAGGUUUCUUUUGACUAUCAACCUUUCUUGAUAGCUCACAUCUCCAGCUUUGCAUUCUUGAUGUAUAAUGUUCGGCAGACGGAUGACGCUCCUGGCGAGCGUCUCUUUAGCAUACUGGAUGGGGACAAAGUGCAGGUCUUUUGCACAAGCCUGACUGCAUCACAGUCGCUGGCAUUAUACCAGGCAUGGCAGCGACUUGUGCAAGACAAGCAAGCAGCGUAUGAAGCUUCUCUACGAGAUGUGGAGCGGUACCUGCGCCGGAAGACGUCGAUCUUUUCGGAGAAGGCGGAGGUCUCGUCCAGGGAAAUUUCCAAACAGGAGGAAGACAAGAUCGAGACGGCACCAAUUACCUUGCACACCGGAGUUGUUGUCAGUAUCAACACUGUCAGCAUAGGAGUCUUUCCAAGCUCAUUCUUCGACAAUCAUGUAUUCAAGUUGGAGGCGCAUGAUGCGCAGGCCCGGUUUGAUGUCUCCUUGCAGGACGGCAAAAUACACAGCGCAUUAGGCCUAACUCUGGGCCAGCUUCGGGUUGCGCUUUCAAACAUUGUGCGGUCCGGGCCUAUGGAUACGGAAGAGCUACUCGUGAAUGAGAUCGCCAAUCGUGUCACGGGAUCCAGGGGAGGGACUAUCCUCAAGGUGCCCCGGCUCGUGGCUCGCAUGCAGACCUGGCAGGUCCCGGGCUCUCAGCAGAUUGAGUAUAUCUUCCAGAGCACAUUCGAGGGCAAGGUAGACGUCGGCUGGAACUACUCACGCAUCAGUUUCAUCCGAGAUAUGUGGGAGACUCAUUCUCGUGCCUUGGCUACUCGACUCGGGAAACCGCUGCCCCCAUCCGCGGUUCGGAUCACUGGGGCAUUUGAUGCGGAAGGCAGCGGCGACAAAAAUGAGCCGCAAGAGAAGAUCACGGCAGUAGUCAAUGUUCCGCAGUCGAGGUAUACAUAUGUGGCGCUGGAGACACCAGUGAUCGAGACACCUCAACUCCGCGAUAUGGGCGAGGCGACACCACCGUUGGAAUGGAUUGGCCUUCAACGGGAUAAGCUGCCUAACAUUACUCAUCAAAUUGUCAUCGUCACGCUUCUGGAGAUUGCCAAAGAGGUGGAGGAUGCGUACGCGAAGAUUUUAGGAUCUUCCUGAUUCCUGCAGUUUUGUAUAUAGGUUUUACAAAUAAUAAAUGGC